GAAAGAGAGAGAGAGAGAGAGAGAGAGAGAGAGAGAGAGAAAGAGAGAGAGAGUAUAACUCGGAAAUCGCAUGCGUAAGAUCUGAUGACGAUAUAUAGAGUACCAGAAGAAGGCAGUUGCGCUUAAACGGCGCCUAGCAUCGGACGUUUUAACGCGAUAUGAAAGAUACUAGUCCCAUUUUUUAUAAAGUAUUAAUUUUUUUAAUGGAUGGAUUUUUAAAAUUUACGAAAUAAGAUAAAAUCUAGUGUAAAGAUAAAAUUCAUAAUCAAAUUUCAAAACUUGUUUAUUGAAGAUUGAAAUUGGAAAUUGAAAAUUGUUUUCUUUAAGUGGAAACAUCUGCUACUUUUUACGAUUUGUGAUAGACAAAACUAGAAAAUUAAAAGGAAAAUCAAAGUAUUUCUUCAGCGUAUUAUCAAGUGGAGAGAUAUUUUUAAUGACUUUUUACUUUGAUCAUUGAACAAAUGCUAGACACCUUUUAAUAACUUCUAUGUAAUAUCCUGCUGAACAACUUCCGGACAAUGAGAAACGAUCAUUAGUGUAGUAAUACAAUUGAAAUAAAUAAAAAAACUGGGACAGUAUAAUGGACGUAUAUAAUUUAGAAGAUAUUGAUUUCAAUAAUCCUAACAGUUUUAAUAUGCAAAAUCGAACUUUGGAAAUAAAAGCAAAUCAGUGUCAUCAAGGAAAUAUUUCAUCAUCCGGAUGGUGUCCGGAAAUUUGGGACAAGAUAUUAUGCUGGCCAUCAACGGCACCUGGAGAGCUGGCCAUUUUAUCUUGUCCUUCUUACAUCGUAGGAUUUGAUAACCACGCAAAUGCCUCCAGACAAUGUAUGAUGAACGGACAAUGGUUAUGGAAUAGCACUAUCAACAAUACUUGGAGUAAUUACAGCCAAUGCUAUAAAAGCAAUCUUGUAACUAUCCUAGUGGAGUUGCCUGAAGAAGAACAAAAAAACAUUGAUAUUGUCAUUAAGAAAUAUGUUCCAAUAGUGAAGAUUAUCUCAAAAAUUGGAUAUACCGUUUCCUUUUUCACUUUAGUGAUAGCUUUCUUUAUUUUAGCUGUGAUUAAUUUAUCCCGAAUUGGACGUAGGAAAUUAAGAUGUCCCCGGAAUAUGCUGCACAUGCAUUUGUUUGCUUCGUUCAUAUUUCGUGCAUUCAUGGCAUUGAUGAAGGACAUAUUAUUCGUCUCCGGCAUUUCCUUAGCCUCAGAUGUGAUGAUAAAAAACGGGAAAACAUAUUGGCUGGUUGAUAAAAAAGAGAGCAGUUGGCUUUGUAAAAUGUUCACUAGCUUUUGGCAGUAUUUCAUUCUCGCCAACUACUUUUGGAUAUUAAUGGAAGGUCUUUAUUUGCAUAAUUUAGUCUUUCUAGCACUUUUCACCGAUGUAAACUCGAGCAUUGCUGUCUACAUUUGUCUCGGAUGGGGAUUGCCAGCACUAUUCGUAUUAUGUUGGAUUAUAGCGAGAGUGACUCUUGAAAAUAAGUACUGUUGGACCAUUCAUGAAAAUUCCAAUCUUUUUCUUUUGAUUCGAGUUCCAACUAUGCUCUCCAUUUUGAUCAACUUCGUGUUAUUUGUCAAUAUCGUUAGAGUGCUCUUGUUAAAGUUGAAAUCCACAGUAUCAGAGGAAACACAAAGAUACAAGAGAUGGGCAAAAAGUACUUUGGUUCUGGUACCAUUAUUUGGAGUUCAUUAUACUCUUUUUUUGGGCAUGUCUUACAGUAUUGGUAUAAAUAAAACUGUUGAAAUUGUGUGGCUCUUUUGUGAUCAACUUUUUGCAUCUUUUCAAGGUUUCUUUGUGGCUGUUUUAUAUUGUUUUCUCAAUGGCGAAGUACGGACUGAAGUAACUAGAGUAAUCAAAAACCAGAGAUUACUCCAUUUUCAUACUAAAUGGGUCUCCAGACAUUCCACUCACUCAAAUAGUACGUGUAGUUGCAAUCCAUCGAAAGUUGAUAAACACUCGGAGCGAUCACGCUGGUGGAAAGCACCUUGGCUCUAUUUUCUUAAUGAUAGGACAGCACGACGCUCCACCCACUCGAUGGCGAGUAUACAAGAUAUUGGUACGAGGGGAGGUAGUUUAGCAAGUAGCAGAGGUUACCUGGAAAUUGCAGGAAAUGGACACAGUGCGUAUCCAGAGAAUCAAAAACAAACAAAUCACACGUCACUCUCCUAUGGUAAAUACACCGAUCAAUCGUUACUUCCCUUUUGCUCGAAUGAUUCAGAAGUUACACCCUGUACGGGACUGAAUAUUCAUAAAAUUCGAGAACAGCAUCGUUGGAGUGAUUCAGAAUGCUGUCAUCUCGCUUAUGAAUUACACAAUUUACAUAAUGGACCCACAAAACCUCUUUCAUAAUUUAAUCUAAAUGAUUAUCUAAAUCAAUUUAUCAAAAAAAUUAUCAAAAAAAUUUUGUUCACGAAUAACUAAUGAAGUAAACAUAAUUCUUUCGAUAAAAAAUGAUGUGUGCAAUUAAAAUAUUAAAUUAUCGUAAAAUAUAUAAAGACUAUAAAUUCAAUGUUUUACUAAAAUUGUUUUCAAUUAUUCGCUACUAAAG